AUGUCCAAAAUCGGUAUCAACGGUUUCGGCCGCAUCGGUCGUCUGGUCCUCCGUGCUUCCAUUGAAAAGGGGGCUCAAGUUGUAGCAGUCAACGAUCCCUUCAUUGGUUUGGACUACAUGGUCUACAUGUUCAAGUAUGACUCCACCCACGGACGUUUCAAGGGAUCAGUAGAAGCUGUUGACGGCUGUCUCGUUGUUAAUGGAAACAAAAUUGCUGUCUUCUCUGAGAGGGACCCCAAAGCCAUUCCCUGGGCCAAGGCCGGCGCUGAAUACGUUGUUGAGUCAACCGGUGUUUUCACCACAACCGACAAGGCAUCCGCUCACUUGGAAGGUGGAGCCAAGAAGGUCAUCAUCUCAGCUCCCAGCGCGGACGCCCCAAUGUUCGUAGUCGGUGUCAACCUUGACGCCUACAACCCAUCCUACAAGGUCAUUUCCAACGCCUCAUGCACAACCAACUGUCUGGCUCCACUCGCUAAAGUUAUCCACGACAACUUUGAAAUCGUUGAGGGCUUGAUGACAACCGUUCACGCCACCACCGCCACUCAGAAGACUGUGGACGGUCCCUCCGGCAAGUUGUGGCGUGAUGGUCGUGGUGCCCAACAAAAUAUCAUCCCAGCCGCCACUGGCGCAGCCAAAGCUGUUGGCAAGGUUAUACCGGCUCUGAAUGGAAAAUUAACCGGUAUGGCGUUCCGCGUGCCCGUAGCUAAUGUAUCCGUCGUCGAUUUGACAGUCCGCCUCGCUAAACCCGCCAGCUACGACGCUAUUAAACAGAAGGUCAAGGAAGCGGCAGAGGGACCACUGAAAGGUAUCCUUGGAUACACAGAAGACCAGGUCGUAUCUAGUGACUUCAUCGGCGACUCCCACUCGUCUAUCUUCGACGCCGCCGCCGGUAUCUCUCUAAACGACAACUUCGUGAAGCUGAUCAGCUGGUAUGACAACGAGUAUGGUUACUCCAGCAGGGUCAUUGACCUGAUCAAGUACAUCCAGAGCAAGGAUUAA